AUGGGUUCAUGCAAUUCUUGUAAUAAAUACGAAUAAGGUCUCUCAAAUUAAGAAUAAUAAGAAGAAACUAAUUCUACCUAAUAAGUUAAGAUAAUAAAAUAAUUGAGAGAUAAACCAUUGAAGAAUGAUUAUGAGGAUUAUCCAGUUGCUGAUGAAAGCUGUUUAGAAAAUAGCUCUUAACUUCCAAUUUUUAUUUAAUAAAAAGAAAUCAGAGACAAUGUAGUCUAAGAAAGAAUGAACAGAUUCAUGAAAGAUAUUGAAGAGGAAGUAAAAUAUCGAAUAAAAUAGAUGUAGAUUAUAUACAUCAUUACCUAGAUAAUAAGAAGAAUAAGUAUAAAUGGAAGGAGCGAAAUAAAAUUAAUUAUGGUCAAUGUCUAUUAAAGAUUAAUAAAAGGAUUCAAAUGAUAUCAAAAGUGAUCACCUUCAUCAAUCUAUUUCAUUUUAAAACUCUUAAAAUUUUGAAACACUCCGUAAUAUUCCUUGUAAAACUUACCUUCCUAAAUAAUACUCACAAUUUGCUCCAAAAAGAGAUAGCGAAACUAAUACUUAAAAUUCUUAAAUAAGUUUAACAAUAAAUUCUCUAAGAACUAAAACUGCUACAAAUAAAAAUAAAUUUAUUUCAAUUCCUUAAGAAGAUGAAAAAAGUUCUUAAGCAAGUUUUGUGAGUCUUAAUGAAAGCCAAUAAAAUUUUGUCUCCUAAGAAAUAUAAUUUAGUGAUAAUUAACCUGAAUAAUUUUCAAGUAAUGCUAGUAAAAAAAGAAGUUCAAAGAGCAUUUUAAAAAAUAGUUAAAGGUUUUUAUGUCUUUAAAGAAAUUUAUCUUUAAAAUCUACUUAUACAAAUUUUAAAUAAAAAAAAGUGUCCUUCUCUUAAGAUACUUAAUAUUUUACAACAAGAGCACUUAGAAGAAAUCCUACUACUUUAUUUAACUAUUGA